AUGGGUUGUGGAGGCAGUAAACCCAAGCCACUUCCUUUAAAACCACCAGAAAGUGCAAAGGUUGUUAUUCUCGGAGAUUCUGGUGUAGGAAAAUCAUCAUUAGUAUAUAGAUUUACAAGGCACGAAUUCAAAGAUUCUUGGAACGUAAAUAUUGGUGCCAAUGUCGAAGAAACCAAAAUUGAUGUAUCCCCGAUAAAAAAUAAAGAAUGGCUUAUUAAAAAAACAAAAAUUAUAUUAAAAAAUAAAAAAAAUGGUUUUAUUUGUAUUUUAAUAUAAUUAAUUUUAUAUGAAUAGUAUAGGAAAUAAUGAAAGCGUUUCGCUAUUCGUAUGGGAUACAGCUGGACAAGAAAGAUUUAGGUCAAUAACAAGGAUUUAUUAUCAAGGUGCAAGAGCUGCAGCUAUUGUUUAUGAUAUUACAAUUAAUAAAUCUUUUGAGAGCUGCGGAUACUGGGUGAAAGAACUACAAAAUAAUGAGCCAGGCUGUUUGUUGUUUUUAGUUGGAAAUAAGAUUGAUAAGGAGCCAAGAGUAGUCAAUCAGCAGGAAGCAAAAGAAUUUGCUGAUGAACAUGGGAUGGAAUUUAUUGAAACUUCAGCAAAAAGUGCAGAAAACGUUGAUGCUUUAUUCAGACAAAUAGCAAUUGGUAUCAAAAAUAGCCAAUCUCGUAACUCCCCCCUCCGUGAGUGAACAAAAAAUUUUGUUCACUCACGGAGGGGGUUAAUUUUUUUUUUUUAAAAAAUUUAUAUAUAUAAAUUUUAUAAAAAAUAUUUUUUUUCGAAAUUUAAAAAAAUCCCUAAUUCGCAAAAAUUGGAAAGCAAAAAUUAAUUUAAUUUAUAAAAAAAUUUAUGUUUUUAAAAAGCAAUUCGUUUAAAAUUAAACAGAAUUAGCUCUAGAUUUCAUUAUACUAAUUAUCAUUUAUAUAUCAAAUUUUUUUUCCAUAAAAAAUUUUUCUAUUAAAAAAAUUUUUGUUCACCCACGGAGGGUGAGUUUUUGGGCAAAAAAUAAGGAUUUUUCUAAUGGUUUUGUUCACUCACGGAGGGGGGGGAGUAAGUAA